AUGGGAUCUUAUUUUUCGAGCCCUUCAGUAGAAGCGAAUAAUGUUUGUCGAAAGAGGAAGAUUACGAGUGCGGUUGAUAACGAAAUACCGAUAAAGAAACGAAUCAGAUCCACUUAUGAUUAUGUUUAUCGGGAGUUAUUUUGCAAAGGUGAAGGGAGUGAUUUAACUGUAAAAAGUAUGGGUCAUACGUGGCUUUUACAUAGGCUUUAUGUCAAACAAUCUCCCUUCUUUUGCGCUAUGCUUGAGGGUGGAUGGAAGGAAAGCGGGUCUGAUGUGAUCGAAUUAGAACUUUCCGAUACAAAUAUCACAAAAUCAUCUCUAGAUGUUAUAUUUGGAUCCUUUUAUCAUGAUACUGUAGUGCUAUCAGAAAAGACUGUUCUUAGUGUUCUAGCCGCCGCCACUUGGUUUCACUUAGAGGAGGUGCGAUCGCUUUGCAGUCAGUUCAUGGAGUUCAGAACAAGGUAUUUUUUCUUCAUUAUCCUGAAAUUUUUUAGCCUCCGCAAUGUCGUUGAGUUUUUCCAGAUCGCGAAACAAUACAACCUACCGCAUCUGACAAAAAAGACAGUCAACUGGGCCGCCGACAACAUACUUUUACUUCAAGAGUCCCAUGAGACCUUUGAGUUCUUACGCAAGAUUCCGUAA